AAUAGUUCCGACUACUCUUCAUCUCCACCCAUCGCCUUUGCAUUACACUGUCCGCAUUAAGUAUAUUCAUUAAUCGAAUUGAUACAUUGUCCUUUUCCUACAUAAUGCUGGCGCGCACACUGUUGCUGCCAGCUCGGCGCACUCUCCUCUCCGUAACCACUGCUUCAUUGGCAACUCAAUCACGAACCUUAUCGUCAUUACAAGCACCGUGGCGUACCGCAGGAUCGCAGAUAAUGGCAAUGGCUUCCAGACCAAGAGUUGCUUUGGCAACAUCUAACGCAAUCUCGCAGCAAGUUAGAGGCAUGAAGGUUCGAAGCUCUGUGAAGAAGCUUUGCGACGGCUGUAAGAGCGUACGGAGAAAGGGUGGCAAGUACGUUUAUAUAAUAUGCAGCAAGAACCCGAAACAUAAGCAAAGGCAAGGAUGAUCACCUUCGUCGUAAGAUGGCUGUAUCGAUAGACUUUGUACAGUACAAGAUGGCAUAGAUACCAAAAGCUCAUGAAACAAGUCAUUCCACCGAAGACUACCGCACAACUCGUCUCUUCCUUAGCAGCACACGGCUUUGCUUGAUUAAACGGACCUCGGCGUUGUAGAUUCUGCCUUCUCUUGUUCCUAUUCAUAUCAUCAAACGAAUUUCUCGACCUCCCAUCAACGCACAUGAUUUUGAGCCUUCACACAUUGUCUUCGACAGAGCAAACGAGAUGCCAAUCCUGCCGUUACCUGCGAUCUUCGCAUUCGACACAAGUAGGCUCGUGCCACAAGCUGGGCAAAACAAGUGUUUCUGCUUGUGCGGUUGAAAUUUAGUGUUCCUGGCGAUGAUACUAGGCGUCGUGUGACUGCGAAGAAUACGCAGGUGGAGGUUAUGCUCUCAGUUAUGGAAUGUGACGCUUGAAAUUUGCUCCUAGUGGUUCAUAUAGACAAUCUUGGUACAGAUCGAGCAACAGCACAUCACGAAAUCCCAGUCUUCGAGACGUCCCCAAGCCUCGAAGUCGAGAAGGAUGGAUAGGCAAAGACAACUAGACCAAGAUCGCAGACUAAAGACAAGUCUUCAACCCAUGAUGGUCAAAACUAGUGAGAUUGGCUCGAGUUCGUAGAUAAUUUGGAAAGAGCGUGGCCGCGACUAUUAUGCACGGAGAACUCAUGUUGCGGGUUCGACUUUCUAGAUGUCAAACAGACCACCUGAAAAAUUAAUGCUUGGGAGAUGCUAAUCAACUUGGCGCAACGUAUCAGGCAUAAUUUCAUGCGAGCGUAGGUGUUGGAAGAAAAUCCGCGACUUCACUUGUCUCUCGUUCACCGAAAGAACUGAAGAGAAACUGAACAGCGGUGUGCCAUUAUUCGGCUUACGUAUAUUGUGUCAAGCACACAUGUCACAUACAGUUAUGAAGAAACGUCGUAAGCUAUGAAAGCAGUCAUGACCACGAUGCCAGAGGCGUUAACCUCAACUCCAUGCCAUCUCUGGGCUUCGUCGUAAUGACGCCAGCAGGUAUUGCUUGUUUGCCUGGAUGUGCGUACUCCACCUCGAACGCGGCGACAAAAGCAGCAACCAGACAUCUCAACUCGGCCUUGGCAAACGAGCC